AUGGCGGGUGUUGUUCCAACCGAAUUGUCCGCCAAUAGUCCAAGACGCACCGCCCAAUUUGCACGCAAUGCUCAAGGUGGAGCAAAUACAGAGAUGAAGACCGGAAUCCUCCAACUUGUUUAUGCAAAUCCAUUCACCGGAAUGGAUCAUGAGGAUCCUUUCGCACAUCUCACCAAAUUUUACGAGAUUGCGGGUUCAACAGGGGUUGAUGCAGCGAAUGAAGAAUCAUUGUUCAAGAGGCUAUUUCCACAUUCAUUAAUUGGGAAAGCUAAAGAAUGGUAUCUUGAUCAAUUACCAAAUGUGAUGACGGAUUGGAAUCUAUUGGAAGAAAAGUUUUUAGAACGAUAUUUUCCUCAAUCCCGAUUCAUGGAGGCCAAAACGGCAAUCGCGGUGUUCAACCAAGGAAGCAACGAAUCUCUUAAUGAAGCGUGGGAAAGAUUCAAAUCCAUGCUUAGAAAAUGCAAGGAGGAUGCAAUAAUGAUAAUUGAUCGUAUGGCACUCAAUGACCUCCAAACUCAACAUGAUAGGAGUCCAUCACAAAGAAAGCCGGGUGUUCUUGAAUUAAACACCAAUGAUGCCAUCCUUGCUCAAAACAAGAUUCUCUCUCAACAAGUUGAGUUACUCACUAAGCAAAUGUCGAAGCUUCCACAACAAAUGAAGGAAAUUCAUGGCAUGCAAAUGACUUCUCAAGUAGCAAGUUGUGAACUUUGUCAAGGUGACCAUCCUACCGGGUUUUGUCCUCCUCCCAAUGGUGAAGAAGUGAAUUAUGUCAACAAUCAAAACCAAGGGUAUCAAAGGCAACAUCCACCUCACAACAAUCCUUACCAAAGAAACAACCAAGGAUUCCAUCCUUCAAGAUUCAGCAAUCAACACUAUCAAUAUCAAAGUCCUUAUCAAAGUUCAAAUCCACAAGGCCAAGGUCAGCAAUCUCAAGGCGGAAGCUCAAAGUUGGAAGACACUCUUACACAAUUCAUGCAAGCAUCCAUGGCUAAUCAAAGGAGUAAUGAAGCGGCCAUAAAGAAUUUAGAAAAUCAAGUGGGCCAACUUGCAAAGCAAUUGUCCGAGCAACAACCGGUAGCAUAUUUUUCCGCCAACACCCAAACCAAUCCAAAGGAGCAUUGCAAAGCCAUUGUUACAAGAAGUGGGAAAGAGGUGAAUAGUGGUGUAAAUGAAGAGGUUAUAGUGGAAGAUGAGGAGGAAGUAAUAGUUGAAGAUGAAGAGGAUGAAGUGAUAGUUGAAAAUGAGGGAGAAAAGAGUGAGGAGAGAGUGGAGGAAGAAAUAGUGGAAAAAGAGCAAGAAGAAAAAGAAGAAAGAGAGAAAAAUGACAAAAAAGUGAAGAGGAAUAAAAAGAGAAAUGAGAAUAUGCUCACAAAGAAAAAUAAGUGCACGGAUAAAGAGACAGUUGUGCUUGAUGCUCAUUGUAGUGCAAUUAUUAAAAAAACUCUCCCAAGAAAGGAAGCCGAUCCGGGACGAGUCAUUUUACCGAUCACCAUUGGAGGUAACUACAUUAGUAAUGGUUUGGUUGAUUUGGGGUCUAGCAUCAAUUUAAUACCUUUAUCCAUUGUCAAGAGAUUGGGGAACAUUGAGAUGAAACAUACCAGGAUAACUUUGCAACUAGCCGAUAAGUCUAUCAUUUCACCAUAUGGAGUUGUACAAGACAUGCUGGUAAAGGUGGACAAAUUUUUGUUCCCGGUUGAUUUUGUGGUAGUCAACAUGGAGGAGGAUCGUGAUGUGCCAUUAAUACUUGGAAGACCAUUCAUGAAGACCACCCGAAUGAUGAUUGAUAUCGAUGAUGGGAUUAUGAAAUUGAGGGUGCAAGAUAAAGAGGUAAUUUUUACUCUUUUUGAGUCUAUGAAGCCUCCUAAGGAUGAACAUGACAACUUCCGAAUCGAUGAUGAAAAAGGAGAAAUCAUUGAGGUGGCGAAUCAAUUUCACAAGGACAAGGAGAAGGCAAAUCAUGAGGGAAAGACUCAUCACCAAAACUUUGAAGUUGGACAAAUGGUGCUUGUGUGCAAUUCAAGACUCAAGGUGUUUUCUAGUAAGUUAAAGUCAAAGUGGUCGGGGCCAUUUGUUGUGAAGGAGGUGCGAAAUUAUGGAGCCAUUGUGGUGGAGGACCCUAAAACACAAGAAAGCUGGACUGUAAAGGAACAAAGACUCAAAGGCUACCACGAUGGAUAA